UAAUUAUGAAGGCAAGUAGCUAGAUAGUAUCUAGAACUUUCCAAGUGCGCACAAUAUAUUGCUGUUGACUACUUGGAGUGGCAAAUGGGGCCAAGUCUAAAGUUUUUUUGUCUUUUUUUACUAUGAUUUGGAUAUAUUUCAAAUCGGUAUAUCUAGCAACUAUUCAUCAUUAUAUUUUACGUAGUACGUAUAUACGUAGUAUCUACUUUUUUUUAUCAGACCAGAUCAGACUGACCAGAUUAGAUCAGAUCAGAUCAGACUAGGCAAGACUUAAUUGCGUAGUUAUAAAAUACACAGAGACAGACGUUUACCAGACCAGAUCAUAUGAUCAGGUCAAACCAGACCAACAAAUUUGAGUCCAAACCAAAACAUCCUUGCUAAAACAUUUGGAAUGAUUGAAAGCACUAAAAAAUUGGCCGGUGUGUGUAGAAUUUUGGCCUACACGACUUAAUUUAAAGUUUAAAAUUUUUUUAGAAAAAUGAAGAGAUGGAAUAUUGGAACAUGGAUAAAAUGGUUUAUCUAAUCUGCUAAUUUUACUCAUUUAUAAUUAAAAACUAAAAAGUACGUUACUAUUUGAUGUGGACUUUUUUUACCGUAACGUAAAUAACCCAUCCCGAAAGAAACAUAAAUGUAGAAACAUAAUUUAAAAGACUCUACAUUAUAUUGAAAAAAUAAUAAUAAUUGUUGUUGUCAUCAUAUACGGAGUAUAAAUUGUAUAGUUAUAUUUUGACAUUACCACACACUGAUGUGAUAAUAUUAGUGCUACAAUUGACUAUAAUUUUCAACAAUAAUAAUUACUAUUCAUGUUUAAGGAAUGAAUAAAAUCAAAUUACUGAUCAUAUUUUGAAAUUUGAUAGUUUGUACGUUAUCAUAUGAUAGUUUUUUAAUGGAAAAUACAUUGACCUACAUAUAUUAUAUAUGUAGUUGACCGAUCGCAUAAUUUUAUGAUGACCAUGUUCCAUCCUCGAUGAAUAUUCCUGCCGUUAAUUGAUUAAUUUACCUAAUGGACAUAAUGAUAUCCCUUAUUCUCGUGUAAUCAGUGGUGCAUUAUGCCUUAUCUCAAGGGCAUUUAGUCAAAUAUUCUCACAAUCUCACGAAUCUACCAGUGGCCAGUGCGGAGUCGCCACCACAUCAACAAUUCUUUUCUAUGAUUGUUUUAUCAGUCCCUAUACCGUGCAACCGGAGCAUGGUGAGCACCAUGCUCCACACCCCAAAACGACGUAGUUUUAAUCAAAUUUAAAAAAAAAACGUGUGAACAGUACACGCGUGAACAGUACCCCGCGUGUACAGUAUUUUUUUUUUAAAUUUUCAUCCCAGUAGAAUGAAUGAUGUAACUUGUGCAUAAUUAGAUGUAACUCGUGUUGCUACAAAUGUAACUUCAGUUAACAACAUAUGUAACUUAUGCCCUGAAAAGUAACUCAUGUUUAAUGAAAAAAAGAGUUUAAUUAUCCAAUUAUUUUACAUAAAUAGUGCAUAUAUGUUUUGUUUUUAAUAUUAGGUCCAUUAAUAAUGAUUUUUAAUAAUAAAAUCACUUUUGAUUAAAAAACAGAGGUUUGUUUUGUUGUGUAACUUGUAUAGUUUUGUGAUGUAACUCGCAUAUAUUAAGAUGUAACUUGCGUACAUUAAAAUGUAAAUAACAUGUAAGCAAGAUGUAACUUAUUGAGGAAAAUUGAAAUGCAAAACGCGUGUUACAAAAUGUAAGUUUAGCCAAAACGAGAUGUAAUUCUAGUGUAUAUGAAAUGUAACUUUAGGCCAUUCAAAUGUAAAUGGCCUUUAUACAGAUGUAACUUCCGCCAAAGAUAUACGGAGCCUAAGCUACACCAUCUCCACAACCCUGUUUGAUGUUUCUGCAAUUGGCAAAUGGAGAGCUCUCCACAACCAUAUUUGGUGUAUCUGCAAUUGGUGAAUAGAAAGCAUGCUUGGAGAUUACACGCAACUAAUUGUUCCUGAUAACUCCAGGGAUGUGUGGUGAUCGAUUCCGGCAUCGAUAUUGAAGGUUCUCAAUCCCCUCCGUCGUUCAAUCGGCGAUUAGAACCCUAAUUCCACAUCAUCUCCCCUUCUUUGCUGGGGAAAAAAGGCCUUCACACCAGAGGCCCCCAUUGAUGAUCGACCUUGCCUUUAAUUUAGAUCCAUCAACAUCUCUCUUUGAGGGAAGCUCCGUGGCGAUGAACGAUGAAAUAAUAAGAUGAAAUUGAAAUAAGAACGAAGCUCUGCUAUCUUUUUUAAUUGUGAAACGAUGCCGUUUUAGACCGGGCAUACCAUGCGCAUGGUAUGCCGGUCGUACGGUAUAAUUUGCGUUGUUUUAUGUAUGAUUUUAGAAACUCCACGUGUGGCUUAGUGCGUAUUAGGCCAGGAAUUGGAAAGUUUUCUCUCUAGCGGUCAUCUCCCUACGAGUUAGGGUUUCAUUUCUUCCGCUUUUGUCAUCGACGAAGAGCAGUCGUCGGUCGAUUUCGAUUGUACAAGCAAGUUCGGGAUCAGGGAUGCAGCGCUUUGGCAAUCAGGACUCGACUUCUGUUGUUGUUUCUGGUCGAAGGUCGAGUGUUAACAAAAAAAGGUGGAUAAGCUGUGGCGGAGUAUGGUUUCAAUUCAACUGCAAGGGCUGUCAAAGGAGGAUAUCGUCAUUCAAUACAAAAGCAUGACUAUUGAGGCGGUUGAGCGGCGGGCGCGUCCCCCUCCUGAGCCGCCGUCAUGGAGUGCAAGUAAGCCUAGGGUUUGGAAGAAGAUGGGUGAACUCUGCUUUAAUUCUGUUUUAUUCUGUUUAUGUUUUUCUUUCGAAUUGCAUGUUGUUUUGGACGUGUUCUUAUUUCCUAGCAGAGUAAUUCUAGAUUUUAAGUUAGGUGAUGAGAAGUUUGGUUUGCUAGUCAUUGGCUCAGUUAAGCCCAUUACAGAAUCAGCGAAUAUUAUUGCUUCUACAGAGAUAUACUACCUCCGUCCCCCUAAGUUUGGGACAAGAAAAGGUGGCACAGUUAUUAAUAAAAGUGGGUUUAUGUGGUUAAUAUUGAAUUGAUAAAGUAAGAAUAAAGUAGGAAUGAUUUAGAACCACACAAAUUUUACCAAAUAAGGUAUGAGACAAUCUUAGUGGGACGGACCGAAAUGGUAAAACGGGACAAUCAUAGCGGGACGGAGGGAGUAUAUUCUAAGUCUUGUUCGAGGGCGGACAACAGACAUAAGGCUUUUUUCAGCCAUGUGACGAACGUUAUUUUGAUUUAAUAUAUUUGUUGGAUUUGAUGAUAAAAAAAUGUGUUCAAAUAUUUUCGGUGCCAAUAUAAUAUAUGAACAAUUAAAUAAUUUUAAUUAAUACAAAUCAUCUUCCCCAAAUUAAGAAUAACAUCCAAAUUAAGAAUAACAUGUACUAUGAAUAUACUUCCUCCCCAAUAAAGCUUUUUGUACUAUUCACACAUCUUACUUUGACCAUUGUUUUCUACUAAUAUAUAUAGUCAAAUAAUUAUGUAAAAAUUGUUAUUAAAUUUCUAUUAAUGUGUAUAUCUAGAAUAUCAACUUUUUAUAAUGUUUAUUAAUACGUAAUUAAAUAUAACCAUAGUCAAAGUUGUGUAUUGGCAAACGUGAAAGUCAAACUGAAAGUAAUACUCCCAUGCGCUAGACGGCCGACCCUAGGGGAAAUCCUAGGUAGCCAUCCCCCACUUUAUACAAAAUCUAAUUUUCGAGCUUUUUGUUCUUCAAUCGGCGAAAGUGAGGCGGUGAAUGAAGUAUCGAAUCAAAGAUAUGAUUAUCUAUGCUUCCACUCAUUUUCAAUUUCUACUUUCGAUUGUUUUGGUCCGGCGUCUUCUUUGGUUGAGA